AUGGAUUUCGUCGAGCUGGAAGCGACCGAAGCUCUGCGGUGGUCGUGGAACGCCUGGCCGACGACGAAAUCCGAUGCUGCUUCCGUCGUAGUCCCGCUCAGCAUCAUGUGCACGCCGUUGAUGCAAUCCUCCGAGCUCCCGAUUUUCCCCUACGAGCCUCUCCACUGCACUCUAUGCAACUCCGUGUUGAACCCUUACGCCAGGGUUUACCAGACGCGCAUCUGGAGCUGCCCUUUCUGCUACCGCGAUUUCUUAUCCGCGCAUCGGCGAAUCGAAUCUCCCCGCGGAGCUCUUCUCUGCCUACAGUACCUUGGAAUACAAAAUCAAUAG